CAGCUCUGUUCUUCCCCACCACCAAUAUUUUCCCUCCCAUUUUCUCUCUCAUUCUCUCUGUCUCUGUCUCUGUCUCUCUCUCUCUCUAUGAUACAGCUAAACACAUUCCUUACAAGCACUUAAUACUUAUCUUUACCAUUAAUUAAUAUAAGGGCCUUGCACAAAGAGGGGGAAGAGAGAUUUUCUUUUCCUUAAAUGCUCACUCCCAUUAAGGGAUAUCAGUUAAUGUAAUGCAGGUUAUAUCUACAACACACAGCUUGCUAUUUCACUGCAGCCAUAAUAGCAACGUUUGAAGCUUUUUUGCAUCUUUUGUCAUCCGGGUGAGUGAGUUCCAGUGAGCUAACCGGGAAAAAAGAUGAAGCUUUUGUGGUUCUGGGCAGUCAUAGGACUUGUCUUAAGUGAAUGUGUUUACGGGUUCGAGUUUCUUGAUUUCAAUGUGACCGAGGAGUCGUAUGUGGAGACCAUUGAUGGAGUUGCUUCCCAGGCCAACAAUGCUCUCUUGGUCGGGCUGACUCUCAUUCGGAGCGCCGGUGCUAAAGGAGCAGUCUGUCUUGACGGAACACUGCCGGGCUAUCACUUGCACCGAGGAUAUGGCUCCGGAGCAAAUAGUUGGCUCAUCCAGUUGGAGGGUGGAGGUUGGUGCAAUAAUGUUCGAUCUUGUGUCUACCGUAAGACGACCCGGCGAGGGUCAUCCAAGUAUAUGGAGAAGCAGCUUCCAUUUACGGGAAUAUUGAGUGACAAAGCCGAAGAAAAUCCAGAUUUCUUCAACUGGAAUCGAGUAAAGCUCCGGUACUGUGAUGGCGCCUCUUUCUCUGGGGAUGGUGCGGAUAAGGCUGCGCAAUUAGAGUUCAGAGGACAAAAAAUAUGGUUAGCCGCCAUGGAAGAGUUGAUGUCCAAGGGAAUGCGAAAUGCUAACCAGGCUCUACUUUCGGGCUGCUCUGCCGGGGGUCUUGCUUCUAUACUACACUGUGAUGAGUUCAGGGCCUUAUUUCCUGGAUCGACAAAAGUGAAAUGCUUGAGCGAUGCUGGACUAUUCCUCGACGCGACGGAUGUUUCGGGAGGGCACACUCUCAGAAACUUCUACAAUGGUGUGGUCGGAUUGCAGGGAGUUAAAUCUACCCUUCCUCGUACAUGCACUAACCACCUCGAUCCAACAUCGUGCUUCUUCCCUGAAAACUUGAUCUCAAGCAUCAAGACGCCGCUGUUUAUUCUCAAUGCAGCCUACGAUGUGUGGCAGAUCCAAGAAAGCCUAGCUACACCGGCAGCAGAUCCUCAAGGCCAUUGGCAUGAAUGCAGAAAGAAUCACAUGAAAUGUUCUGCAUCACAGAUUCAGUUUCUGCAAGGCUUCAGGAAUAGGAUGCUGAAUGUGGUAAAGGACUUCGCGAAGUCUCCACAAAAUGGGCUCUUCAUAAACUCGUGUUUCGCUCACUGCCACUCCGAGAGGCAGGACACAUGGUUUGCUGACAAUUCACCUGUCAUCAGGAACAAGGCAGUAGCAACAGCAGUCGGAGACUGGUACUUCAAUCGAGCGGCUGUGAAGGCCAUCGACUGCCCCUACCCAUGUGACAAAAGUUGCCACCACCUGGUCUCCAAGUAGUAGGCCCGCUCAUAACUGGGGACGAGUGCUUGCUCAUGUUUAUUGACCAAACCAUUUCUUCUCAAUUGAUCAUUGCGAUUCAUAUCUUCAUACAGAAGAUAAUUAAAAACAAGGAGAUGUGGCUAGGAAGUGCAAGUAAAAUGCGCUCCGCCCAGCCUUUCAGUUCAAGUGUAAGAUUUUAUGUCUCUGUCAGGCAUAUUCACUAUUUUCAUGCAGAGAUCAAAUUACUUUGUGGAAGAAUAUGAACAAGGAUUCGGACAAUCCCAGUAUUCGUCUAUUUGAAUAGACUACUUAAUGUAUGGAGCUGUUUAUUCAAUGGUAUUACAAGAGAAUAGUGUAUGUCCGUAA